CUAUUUUCAUAUUUAUAUUUUUAGGGUGCAUAUAUAAUAUAUAUGGAAAAAGGGUAAAAUGAAAAGAACCUUUGAUCAAUCAGUUGAAAAGAUUGAAAGUAAUGUUGUUGUCAUAUCUGCUGGAUAUAUAUCAACUGACUCAAGUCCAGAGCCUGAAGUUGUUAAAGAUAACAAAAAAAGCAAUGCUAAGGAACAAACAAAUGCUGUAACUUUAGAGUCUGAAAAUCUACUAGGUCAAUCACCUAUGUACGCAAACGUGAGAUUCCCACCAGUUAUCUAUCAGCAUCAGAUACCAUCAGUUCGUAUGGGACCACCUUAUCCUGGUGUCAGACAUCAAAUGUCUUAUCGACCACAAUUUCAACCAGCCAGAAAAUUUCCUACAAUACCAGUUUUCAGAAAUCGUUUGUUUUUACCAGGAUCAGAUGUGCCAUCAACACUGAUAGCAACAAUAAACUUGGAUGAUGAUGUCAGUUCUACUUCAUCAGCUACCUCUACUGCUUCAGAAGACGAAACAGAUAAUGGAAGUACACAAUCAUCCUCAAACUCAGCUAAACCAAGCCAAGCACCUGUUGUUAAAUCAGAGUUUAGAGCUGAAGGGAAAGCUAUAAUGAGCUCUGGUCAAGCUAGAGUCCUUGCCCCAAUUGUAAUUGAUGACUCUGAUGAUGAAAGUCCACAAACUAGUCCACAGGCAGUUGUGAAAAAAGCAAAAAUUUCAGUUGAGAAGUAUGCAAAAAAGUCAUCACCAACAUCAGAUUUGUCAGAUUUGUUGAACCUGCUUCCAUGCAGUGAUUCAGAUGAAGAUAUGACAGAAUUCUUACAAUAUGGUAUGGGUAUGAUUAACCAAGAAGAUCUCAUAAAGAAAAUAUUAACUGCUCCACUUUCAGAGAAACCAAAACGAUUGAACCAAAAAGGGUUGUAUUCUCAUGUAAAACAUGGUUUAAUAGGAAAGGUCAUGGCAUUUUUGAAUGUUGGAACCAACCCUGCUGCCCAAGUGAAAGGUGAAGAGGGUAGGACAGCUCUACAUAUAGCUGCAUCUAAGGGUUAUUUGGAUAUGCUCUUGGUAUUACUAUAUAAAGCUGGCACUAAAAGAGUUGACAUUAGAGAUAACAACAACAGGACACCAUUGUUCUAUGCUGUGGAAAAAAAGCAUUUAAGUGUUGCUCAGUUUCUAGUAAAGGCAGGUGCUGACUUCAGAAUUAGAAAUACAGAGGGUAUGAACUUGCUUCAUGCUGCUUCACGAAGAGGUUCUAUUGAGCUUGUUAGAUGGUUGGUAAAAAUUGGUAUAUCCUUGAAUGAACAGGAUAAAUAUGGUUGGACUGCAUUGAUGUGGGCAGCAGAAAAUGAUGCUAAUCAUUUGUUGAUGAGAUAUUUGAUUAAAAAAGGUGCAUACACAAAUCUGUUAGAUAAUGAAAUGAACAUUUGCUUGCAUUGGUCUGCUAUUUCUGGAUCAUUUGAAUGCACUAGAGAGUUAGUUUCCGAUUCUGCAAUUGCUGAUGUUAAUACUAGGAACAAAUUCGGUGAAACUCCCUUACAUGUUGCAGCAAAAGGUGAUCAUUAUCAUGUGACGCAGUUCCUUUUGCUUCAUGGGGCAAAUCACAAAAUAAAGAACAAGAAUAAUGAAACAGCACUUGAAGUAUGUCCAGCAAGCUCUAAAACAUUUCAUUGUAUCAGAAUAAGAGAUGAAGUUGUGGAUGACGAUCUGAAAAAAUCACACUACAUGUAUAUAAAUGAUAUCUCACAUGGAAAAGAAAGAAUUCCUAUUAGCUGCAUAAACCAGCUUGAUGAUGAACCUUUUUUGGAUGAUUUUAUUUAUAUAACUAAACCUGAAGAAUCCGGUCAUGUCAGUGUUAAGCGUGGACUUUCAACAGUCAGGCCCUGUAAAUGCACUGGAGCGUGUGUUGACUGUAAAUGUAUACAACUAUCUGAAAAACAAAAACUUUGGUAUUUAGAUGAUGGAAAGAUAGAUGUAGCUAUAUUUGACGAAGAGUCACCAGUGCUAUAUGAAUGCACUCCUCUAUGUUCUUGUUGGAGUUACUGUCCAAAUAGGUUAGUUCAAAAAGGAAUACAACACCAAUUGCAAGUAUUUAAAACACGAAAUAAAGGUUGGGGCUUACGUACUCUCGUUCCGAUACAACAGGGAGCUUUCAUUUUAUCGUAUGUUGGUGAAUUGAUUACAGAUGAAGAAGCGGAAAGAAGAAAUGAAGAUACUUAUUUGUUUAAUUUAGAUUUAAAGACUUCCGGUGACGAACCGAACUGCAUGGACGCGUUGAAAUAUGGUAACUGUGGAAGGUUUAUUAACCAUUCUUGUGAUGCCAAUAUGAGAGCUGUAAAACUAUUCACAUCACACCGGGACAUUUCUUUUCCAGAAAUUGCAUUUUUUGCAUUUCGCGAGAUAGAAAUAAAGGAAGAAUUGUGUUUUAAUUAUGGAGAUUCGUUUUGGGACGUCAAGUUGGAAUAUGGAGAAUACUGUAAAUGUCACUCUGAAAACUGUCAGUACAGCAGAUGAUUCAAGUUGUUCGUAAAUCCUUGGUCCUCCAAGGUAAAUCUUAUUAAUCCAAAUAUUUGCCUCGCAUUAGUUAAUUUAUUGAACUACUUUUAGGCAUCUCUUCAUUGUAAGAGAAUUUUAUUUUAUAAAAAAUAGGUGUAUAUUUCUGUAUCGAAUUUUGUUAUAUAUUUUAAUAUUUUUACCUAAAAUCACCAAAUGUAUAUUUGUAACUAGAAUAUUAUUAAAUAAAUAGUUAAAA